GCCGCCAAGCAACGCGUGCUCUGCGCCCUCAACCACAGCCUCCAGGACGCGCUCAACUAUGGGCUUUUCCAGCCGCCCUCCCGGGGCCGCGCCGGCAAGUUCCUGGAUGAGGAGCGGCUCCUGCAGGAUUACCCGCCCAACCUGGACACGCCCCUGCCCUACCUGGAGUUUCGAUACAAGCGGCGAGUUUAUGCCCAGAACCUCAUUGAUGAUAAGCAGUUUGCAAAGCUUCACACAAAGGCGAACCUGAAGAAGUUCAUGGACUAUGUCCAGCUGCAUAGCACGGACAAGGUGGCCCGCCUGCUGGACAAGGGGCUGGACCCCAACUUCCAUGACCCUGACUCAGGAGAGUGCCCCCUGAGCCUCGCAGCCCAGCUGGACAACGCCACGGACCUGCUGAAGGUGCUGAAGAAUGGCGGUGCCCACCUGGACUUCCGCACUCGCGAUGGGCUCACUGCCGUGCACUGUGCCACGCGCCAGCGGAAUGCGGCAGCACUGACGACCCUGCUGGACCUGGGGGCUUCGCCUGACUACAAGGACAGCCGCGGCUUGACACCCCUCUACCACAGCGCCCUGGGGGGUGGGGACGCCCUCUGCUGUGAGCUGCUUCUCCACGACCACGCUCAGCUGGGGACCACCGACGAGAAUGGCUGGCAGGAGAUCCACCAGGCCUGCCGCUUUGGGCACGUGCAGCACCUGGAGCACCUGCUGUUCUACGGGGCCAACAUGGGGGCCCAGAAUGCCUCGGGGAACACAGCCCUGCACAUCUGUGCCCUCUACAACCAGGAGAGCUGUGCUCGUGUCCUGCUUUUCCGUGGGGCCAACAGGGAUGUCCGCAACUACAACAGCCAGACAGCCUUCCAGGUGGCCAUCAUCGCAGGGAACUUCGAGCUUGCAGAGGUCAUCAAGACCCACAAAGACUCGGAUGUUGUACCAUUCAGGGAAACCCCCAGCUAUGCAAAGCGGCGGCGACUGGCUGGCCCCAGUGGCUUGGCAUCCCCUCGGCCUCUGCAGCGCUCAGCCAGCGAUAUCAACCUGAAGGGGGAGGCACAGCCAGCAGCUUCUCCUGGACCCUCGCUGAGAAGCCUCCCCCACCAGCUGCUGCUCCAGCGGCUGCAAGAGGAGAAAGAUCGUGACCGGGAUGCCGACCAGGAGAGCAACAUCAGUGGCCCCUUAGCAGGCAGGGGCAGCCAGAGCAAGAUCAGGUGGCGGCGGCUCCGCAGCGCCCUCUGUCGGCUGAGCCGGAGCCGUGCCCCGACCCCCAGCAGCCGCCCCAUGCUCAGCAUUGGGGAGGGCGGUUUCUGGGAGGGAACCGUGAAAGGCCGCACAGGCUGGUUCCCGGCGGACUGCGUGGAGGAGGUGCAGAUGAGGCAGCAUGACCCACGGCCUGAGACGCGAGAGGACCGGACGAAGCGGCUUUUUCGCCACUACACAGUGGGCUCCUACGACAGCCUCACGUCACACAGCGAUUAUGUCAUUGAUGACAAAGUGGCUGUCCUGCAGAAACGGGACCAUGAGGGCUUUGGUUUUGUGCUCCGGGGAGCCAAAGCAGAGACCCCCAUCGAGGAGUUCACGCCCACGCCAGCCUUCCCGGCACUGCAGUACCUUGAGUCGGUGGACGUGGAGGGCGUGGCCUGGAGGGCCGGGCUUCGCACGGGAGACUUCCUCAUUGAGGUGAACGGGGUGAACGUGGUGAAGGUCGGACACAAGCAGGUGGUGGCUCUGAUUCGCCAGGGUGGCAACCGCCUCGUCAUGAAGGUUGUGUCUGUGACAAGGAAGCCAGAAGAAGACGGGGCUCGGCGCAGAGCCCCACCGCCCCCCAAGAGGGCCCCCAGCACCACACUGACCCUGCGCUCCAAGUCCAUGACAGCUGAGCUUGAGGAACUCGCCUCCAUUCGGAGAAGAAAAGGGGAGAAGCUGGACGAGAUGCUGGCAGCCGCCGCAGAGCCAACGCUGAGGCCAGACAUCGCAGACGCAGACUCCAGAGCUGCCACCGUCAAACAGAGGCCCACCAGUCGGAGGAUCACACCCGCCGAGAUCAGUUCAUUGUUUGAACGCCAGGGCCUCCCAGGCCCAGAGAAGCUGCCGGGCUCCUUGCGGAAGGGGAUUCCACGGACCAAGUCUCUGUCGUCCAGCGACGAGGAGACCCGGGAGGAGCUGGCUCGGAUUGGGUUGGUGCCACCCCCUGAAGAGUUUGCCAACGGGGUCCUGCUGGCCACCCCACUCGCUGGCCCGGGCCCCUCGCCCACCACGGUGCCCAGCCCGGCCUCAGGGAAGCCCAGCAGUGAGCCACCCCCUGCCCCUGAGUCUGCAGCUGACUCUGGGGUGGAGGAGGCUGACACACGCAGCUCUAGUGACCCCCACCUGGAGACCACAAGCACCAUCUCCACGGUGUCCAGCAUGUCCACCCUGAGCUCGGAGAGCGGGGAACUCACCGACACCCACACCUCCUUCGCUGACGGACACACUUUUCUACUCGAGAAGCCACCAGUGCCUCCCAAGCCUAAGCUCAAGUCCCCGCUGGGGAAGGGGCCGGUGACCUUCAGGGACCCGCUGCUGAAGCAGUCCUCGGACAGCGAGCUCAUGGCCCAGCAGCACCAUGCCGCCUCUGCCGGGCUGGCCUCUGCCGCCGGGCCUGCCCGUCCUCGCUACCUCUUCCAGAGAAGGUCCAAGCUAUGGGGGGACCCCGUGGAGAGCCGGGGGCUCCCUGGGCCUGAAGACGACAAACCAACUGUGAUCAGUGAGCUCAGCUCCCGCCUGCAGCAGCUGAACAAAGACACGCGUUCCCUGGGGGAGGAACCGGUUGGUGGCCUGGGCAGCCUGCUGGACCCUGCCAAGAAGUCGCCCAUCGCAGCAGCUCGGCUCUUCAGCAGCCUCGGUGAGCUGAGCUCCAUUUCAGCGCAGCGCAGCCCCGGGGGCCCGGGCGGCGGGGCCUCCUACUCGGUGAGGCCCAGCGGCCGCUACCCCGUGGCGCGACGCGCCCCGAGCCCGGUGAAGCCCGCGUCGCUGGAGCGGGUGGAGGGGCUGGGGGCGGGCGCGGGGGGCGCAGGGCGGCCCUUCGGCCUCACGCCCCCCACCAUCCUCAAGUCGUCCAGCCUCUCCAUCCCGCACGAGCCCAAGGAGGUGCGCUUCGUGGUGCGCAGCGUGAGCGCGCGCAGCCGCUCCCCCUCGCCGUCGCCGCUGCCCUCGCCCGCGUCCGGCCCUGGCCCCGGCGCCCCCGGCCCACGCCGACCCUUCCAGCAGAAGCCGCUGCAGCUCUGGAGCAAGUUCGACGUGGGCGACUGGCUGGAGAGCAUCCACCUGGGCGAGCACCGCGACCGCUUCGAGGACCAUGAGAUAGAAGGCGCGCACCUGCCCGCGCUUACCAAGGACGACUUCGUGGAGCUGGGCGUCACGCGCGUGGGCCACCGCAUGAACAUCGAGCGCGCGCUCAGGCAGCUGGACGGCAGCUGACGCCCCACCCCCGCUCCCGCCCCGGCCGUGCCCUGCCGGCAGGGCCCCCCCCCCCCACCCCGGGCCGCGGGCUCGGCCUGCCCCUAACGACGGCGCCCGGGCCAGGAAUGUUGCAUGAAUCGUCCUGUUUGCUGUUGCUCGGAGACUCGCCCUGUACAUUGCUUAGUGCUCUCACCGGCCGCCCAGCCCACCCAGCACACAGUCAGGAAGGGCGUGGACCAGGGAGGCUGGGGCGGGAGGGGCCGGGGGUGGGAUGCUCUAGCCUGACCACCGCCUUCACAGCUCCUGGUGGCCAUUCUCCCAGAGGGGGAACCUAGUCCAGCAUGCGAGGUCAGGACCCGCCUUGGUGACUCGGGGGGAGGGGGGAGACAUUGGGAUUCUCGAUGGGGGCCAAGGAGCCCCCCCUGUUUUGCAUAUUUUAAUCCACUCUAUAUUUGGAACGAGAAAAGGAACAAAUAUCUCUGUCCGUAAUAGUUUCCUCUCCCCUCCCUUCUACUUCCACUGGUCCCACUGCAGCUGCCCAGUCUUCCAUCUCCGGCCCCUCACUGCCACUGCCACCCCACAACGGGGCAGGGGACGCUCCAGCUGGUCUGGGGUUGGCCAGGGCCCUAGUGGUCCGCCCUGGGGCCCCGGCUCGGCCCCUCCCCUCGCUGAGCUCUAGUGUGCCCCACCGACCUUUCAGGUGCUGCUCGUGGGGGGAGGGGCGGCAGGCCGCGGGUCCUGCUGUGCACCCGCGGGACCAGCCGGCCUGGGAGACCAUCGGCCGGGGGGGUGAGGGCAGGGCCCUGCCGCUCCACCGCAGCCAUCUUCCUCACAGGGUCUCUCCCCAAGGAGGGGGCCAGUUGGGUCCCCAUGCUCUUGGGCAACUACAGCAGAGAAGCCUCCCUGCCUUGGACCCCAAAGUCUCCUGUCCUGCCCUUUGUGUGUGUGGGUGAAACUGGGUGCGUCUGAGCACGUGGGAGCCACGUGUGUGCCUGAUUACUGAGUGGCCCAGGGGCCGCUCUGGACUAGGUGGGGCUGUGGAGGCGUGCACAGUGUGCAUGCAUGGGGUGUGCCUGGGAAAGCACCCUGUCUCCUCUUCCAAAGAAAGUCCGAGGCCAUCCUUCACCCUGGGUCCUGCUGUUUGCCCAGCCUGUCCUUCCAGAGCCUCACCCAGCCUGAGCGGGGGUCCCUGGUGAAUCCCUGCUGCUUGGGGAGGCCCCAAGGGCCCCUUGGAGGCAGCGCCCCCACCUUGGGCUUCUGAGGGGAUCCUAGGGGGACCCCUAGAGUCAGGCCACCACUGGCCCUGGGGAGAGUCAAAGGCCCCCGAGGGUGCCCAGCCCCCCACACUGUGACUCCUCACACUCAGCAAUGACCUGUGGGGUGGGGGCCCUGGGACGUUUUUAAACCUAGGGUUUGGAGUCUGGACUAAGCUCCAUCCACGUCACUCACAAGUUUCUGUUUAUAUUUCUAGCUUUUUUUAAUAAAAUAAAAAAAAAGACAGAAAACAGAAGUUUUCACAACCCAGGGGCCUGGCACGCCGGUCUGUGCCUGCCCGCCCCGCCCUGGCCCACCGGCCCCACUCCCUGGGCGCAGAGUCACACCCACUCACCCUUCCGCCAACAGUCCAGGUCACACAGCAGCAGUCACUGUAACAGACUGCCACAUACACACUCGGUCUCACACUCACCUGUGGGUUUUGGUUCCGUUCAAUUUGGGUUUUUAACUUUACAGGGUCAGUUCCGCUUCACCUCCUUUUGUAUGGAGUUCCAUCCGGGGGGUUUCACCCCCUGCUCCAGUCCUGAGGCCUCCUGACCCUGACGUUGUGAUACACCCCACAGAGAUCUAUGUUUCUUAUAUUAUUAUUGAUAAUAAUUAUUAUAAUAUUAUUAUGUAAUAAAUUUAUAAGAAAUGAA